CCCCAGACCCUCGCGGGUGCCCGGUCGCGUCAUGGGCUACCGCGUUGGUGGGCCAUGGGGGUCGGUCACUCCACCGGUGAAGAAGGAAAUAGAAGUUGACAAUCCAGCCAAGGAUGAGCGUUUUAUGACAACCUACAGCAAGAAUUUUGGUUUGGCAAAGCCCCGAGCCCAACUCUAUGUAAAUGCGCCUUCUUCUAUCCGGGCAGAGCCAAAUGCUACUCUGACAUUGCGGCAAGCGGCUUCAUUGAGAUGUCCGCCCCCACCAGUGAAUACGCUCAACACGCUCAACACAUUGACGAAGUCAAUGUCAAUGUCUGGCAUUCGCGGCAGCCUUCAGAUAGCGGGCAAAACCUUGACUGCAAGCCUGAGAACUGAAGCUGCGCCAUCACCCAGUGAUCGAAGGCAUUCCUUGCAGUUGAAGACCUUUCAGUCAAGAGAUAUGCGGCGAAAGUGCUUGGAACUUCUGAGCGAACCCGAUUUGAAAAAGAUCGCGGUGGACAUCUUUAAGAAAAGUGAUGUGGAUUCAAGCGGACAGUUGGACUUCGACGAAGUGCACAAACUUCUUGAACAGUUGCAUAAUGAUAUGGAUUUACCACAACCAAAUCGAGACAUGGUGGAAUCGUUGAUGAAGCGCUUUGACACCAGCGGAAAGAAAACUCUGGAUGAAAAAGAUUUCUUUGAGUUAUUGGUGUCACAGUUGCGUCGCAGUGCUUUUGACCGCGGAUCGGUUCUGGGACGCGAAUUCUUCCUGACCAAAGGCCAGCAAGAUGUUUGGGAUGUGUAUCGGAGAGAGAAGCAACUGGGCACCGGUUCCUUUGGCACUGCUUAUCAAGCGGUGAACAUCAAAACACACGAGGAGCGGGUGAUUAAAGCGGUCAAGAAGAGCCGUACGGCAUUGCCACUGGAUGAGAUUGAACAAGAGAUCUUGAUCAUGAGGCAAAUUGAUCACCCACACAUGGUGCGGCUUUUUGAGUGGUAUGAAGACGGAAAUCGUGUCUACUUGGUCCUUGAUUAUUUGAAAGGCGGGUCCUUGAAGGACGUCAUCGUGCAGCUGAACAAGAAGGAUGAGCGAGGUCUGAAAGAGGCCUGGAUCAGGGAGGUCAUCCAACAAACUGCCGGUGGCUUAGCAUAUUGCCACAAUCUGCGGCUCAUUCACAAAGAUUUGAAAGAUGAGAACAUUAUGCUUUUGGAGAAGCCUGACAAGUGGGAGAAGCCUCAUGCAGUGAUCAUCGACCUGGGUGUUGCAGAGAUGUUCAGUGUAGCAGAUCCUGCGGGGCGCUUUAUUGGUGGCACCCCCACCACCAUGGCGCCUGAGGUGUGGUUAGGCAACUUCGGACCCAAGUGCGACGUGUGGUCUUUGGGAUGUAUCAUGUUCGAGCUAUGCACCGGCGCUUUGCCAUUUAUGGCCACCACGGUGCAGCCAUCUGCAUGGACCCGAUUGCACAAGCGCGGCCCAAAGUGGGAGGAGAUGAAGACUUGUGCAGAAAGCAAAACAUUGUGCAGAGCGAUGCUUCAGUAUAAAGAAGCAGAUCGUCCUUCAAUGAUGGAAGUUCUGGACUUCGAAUACUUCCAGACAGCAGCUCAUGAGCUUAAGGUGGUGCCACCCGAGAGGUUCACGAAUUUCCUCAACGCGCACAAGCUGCACCGCGCGCGGCAGGGGCUCCUCCUGGAGAUCGCCUCCAGGAUGCCCUUCGAGCGCGCGGGGGAGAUCAUUCGGAUGUUCUCGGAGGUGGAUGCAGAUCAUACCGGGACCAUUACGUUGGAUGAGCUGAAAGCAUACUUCGACAGGGUGGGAAUUCAGCAUGACGACCUUGCGAAGACCUUUCAGGCUUUAGAUGUGGACAAGGAUGGCUUCUUGUCCUUCAGCGAGUUCUCCAGUGGUGCCCUUCUACUCUACCAAGAUGCGUUGGAAGACGAACUGCAUGUGCUCUUCUCCAGUUAUGACUCCGAUGGCAAGGGCUACUUGACCCCCGCCGAAGCUGAGAAGUUCCUGGACAGCGUGCGGGCAGCCACCGACCUUGGCGGAAGGGCCUCCUCCCAGAUUGACGCCUUCGUCAGAAGUGGUCAGAUCACCUUCCAACAACUCAGGGAUUUCUUGGUGGCUCCGGUCUCCAGCCGUCCGUCCUCCUGCCUCUCACAAUCGUCGCUACGGUCAAACCGUUCCAACCGCUCCAACCGCUGAGACGUGUCAGAAAAGUCACCCUGAAACUGGGUCACGAAAAGCUCUGUUGGAAUUUCAUUGGAAUUUCAUCAUGCAUGAAUUCCACAUUGGGAUGAACCAAGUAACUUAAGCAAAA